AUGUCCCCUCACAACAAGCACCCCCUCCACGUACAGCACAAGAAGCAUGGCGAUCAUGACCAUAUCAUGAAACGCAUGGAUGCAUACAUCAAAGCAUACAAGAAAGGAGACACCGAAGCCAUCAUGAAAUACUACCAUCCGACCAACUUUGUCUACUCAGAUUUCAGCACACCCAACAAUCAACUCAUGGGUCUCUCGGAAGUCGCGUCACACUAUUCCCACACCUUCUCCGACUUCUACGACCUCACAAUAACCACUGCCUCCGUACAUGGACACAAAGACUUCACAGCCUGGGAGUGGGAAAUCACAUGCAGACCAGCGCUAUCCCCAGAGACAGGCGAGCGACUGCCAAAAGAAAAGACAGAACUGAAAAAAUUGGUGGGCUGUACGUUGAUGUGGUGGGAAGAUGAUUUGAUUGUCAGAAAUCAUGACUAUGUGCAGGUGAAGGAUAUUUAG